CUUUCAUUGUGUUUUCUGCAAAAUUUCUGUGAAAUCUUUACUGUGUGCUUCCUGCGCGUGAGUUGCUACAGCAUUUGUGGAUUUCUACAUCAAGCUUUCUAAAUCGAAAUCAGAAAUUAAGAAAAUGUCUUCAGAAGAUACAAUGAGUGUGGUAGGAAGUGAGGUAAUGCCCCUGGAGUAUGGGAGCAUGGGAGCAUGGAUGCGGAGAGUAGUCCGUCUCCAUCUAGUUCGGACAGGACAGUGGAAGGGGUGAGAGGAGAUGAGGUGGUGGAGGUUGGGGGGGAUAGUGUACCCAUCACCGUGGUAGAAGUAGAGGGUAGGGGUGAGAGGGUUUACGAUGUAGGGGCAGAUAUAGUGGAGGAGGUGAAGCAAUACAGGUCUGAACUCGGGACCAGGGAUAGCCUGGGUCAUUUAGUGGAGAAUUACGAGAUCUCUUCCCGAGUGUUAGUUAGGCCAGCUGGGGUAGAGGAGAGGGCGUGUUCUGCUCCUCGGGAUCAUUGGAUGCCUGUGUAUGCCCACUAUUUGUUAGCCGGGCUCAGGUUUCCAAUCCCUGAGUUGCUAGUAGAUGAUACGGAGUGGGAGAGGGAGGAUACCGAGGUGAGGGAGUUAGCAUCCUGGAAGACUAAAAGAGCCAACCAGAAUAAGUUUAGCUUAAACGAGGAUGAGAAAGAGGAAAUGGGGAAGUUGGAGGUAGUGCCUACUACUUCAGCUGAGGCGGAGGAGGUGGUGCCACAGUUGAAGAGGAAGGGUUGGGAGGAGAGAAGGGCACUACAGAAGAAGAAGAAGGUGGUGGAGGAGGAAGAGAGGGGGAGCGAGGUUCCCCAGUUCGUAUCUCAGCCUCCUCCUGUUGAGCUCAACCCUAAGCUCAAGGAAUCUGAGGAAGGGGCUGAAGUACGAGCUCCCGGCAAGGGAAAGGGCCCUGUUCCCCCAUUUUCCUUUAAGAGCAGCCUGUUCGAGGCGAAGAACAUGACAGGGGCUAGGAGGUUUAUCAACACCACCUUUCCCGAAGUGAACAAACGCAACGCACGGGACGAGGCUCUGAGGUAUUGUGGGGCUUCAGUAGUGAAGCAUGUGUUUGAGGAGUUCAUGGAGAGUGUGAAGGAGCGCUCCCUCUUGCAAAGGCAGUGUGACCAGCUGCAGAAGGAGAAGGAGGAGCUGGAGAAAAAGAAUAAGGAAUUGCAAAAGGAGCUGAACGAGGAAGCUUAUGUGGAGCUGAAGAAGAAUGUGCAGCUACUAGUGCACAAUGGGAUGAAGGAGCACAUCAGCAACUUCCUCAGUCACAGCUCGUUUGAUGACAUCGUCAACCUCUACCGGCUGCCAACUGCCAUCAUCGCCUUCACGGACUGUAGAAAGAAGGUGAAAAUUGAGCAUCUCGAGGUGGAUAUUACAAAGAUCACCUUCGAAGAACAAGAAGAGGGAGUGGAGGAAAAUGGUGAGAGCAUGUCAGCAGACUUCCGUCCUCAGAUAAAACUGAGGUGGGAUCAUGAUGCAGACGGACGUACUAUUUUCCCUCCACACUUUGACUUUGAGUUCGUUGCAGUGGAAGAUGACGAGGCAGAGGUAGAGGAGGAUAAAGUGGAGGCAAAAGUGGAAGGUACUGAAGUGGAUGAGAGCCAACCAGUUCCAGAAGUGGAGGUUCAUCCAGUUCCUUCUGACGAUGAGUAGCCUCCAUUGCCAAACGAGCAGCAGCCAUCACAGCCACCUCUUCCAGCUGAGCAGGAGCUAGUUUAGCCACCUCCUUCAGCAGAAAUCUAAUUUUUGUUUUUUAGCUUUUGUAAAAACAUUUAAACAAUUUGUAAUACUGUUAUUAUGUUAAGGUUAAACCCCCAUUUUGGUCCCUCAACUAUCGUACGGACCCCCGACUUAGUCCCUCAACUCAAAAAAUCCCUGAUUUGGUC